AUGGGUUUAGAUAAGCGUACUGUGAAAAUAAUUGUGAUAGUUACAGUGACCGUGCUUGUUGUUGGUGGAAUCAUUGGACUGCUACUGGCUCUUCUAUUGCCUUAUCGAUAUGUUGAACUGGAAGUGUGGCCUCGAUCGGACUCAUACAAUUAUGAGCAACCCCUGAUCCAGUUCCGUUCACGAGAUCCUGGUACCUGGCAGCCAUGGUAUAAGAAAAUCAACGAUUUCCUUGCAGAAUAUGAGACGACAAUACCAGAGGAGCCUCCCCGCGCUCCCUGCUCCAUACUUCGUCGUGAGCAGCGUGUGCCAUCGCCAACCUGCGAACGCGCCCUGGUCAUGUUUGCCCCUUGUAACGCGGAUAACUACUAUGGCUACCCCUCAGGCACCCCUUGUGUAUUCCUUAGAUUAAACCAUAUCCACUACUGGGUACCGGAGCCUUACAACGUGUCAGUGCCCAUGGCUAUACCACACGACAUGCCUGAGAACAUCAAGAGAGCUAUGCACCUAUUCCCAGCAGCCCAAUACGGAGAUUUCAUCUGGGUUUCCUGCAAAGGAGAGUUCAGUAAUGAUGAGGAGAAUAUCGGACCGAUACAGUACUUGCCUGGAGUCCUGCCACCGGGCUUCCCCACCAGCCGCCUGCAUACAGCUGACCGCAUCACACGUUCAGCCCGUUCACUUCCGGACCAAAUCUCACCACCUGUGAUUGCUAUUCUCUUUGAGAGGCCAAAUCGUGGUAUUUUAAUCAAUGUGGAAUGCCGCAUCUGGACACGUGACAUCUUGUACGACCAUUCUAGCCGAGUGGGCCGUGCUCGUUUCGAAAUUUACGUCGAA